ACUAUGAGCUCAGCCCUCUUCACUCUCGGUGCAGCGAUGAAAGCAGAGGAGGAAUCCGAGUCAAACGCGCGGAUGUGCCAUAAAACCGUUUGUUAGAGCCGAGGUAGGAAUAUUCCGCCAGUAGUUCGCCUGGUGAGCUCGCAGAUGAGACGCUUUCUGGGUUAAAGGGUAACGAGCGGAGAGCGACCGAAGGGGGGACGGAGAGAGGAGGAGGGUCGGAGGGGGGGGGGUUUAUCGGCCCACUGCAGUCUGAAUCACCGCUGACUCGCCCCGCGUCGACGACGACGACGACGUUCGCCCAUCGACGUGCGCAUCCUCUCGGAGGCAGAAAGCAACGGGAAGGGACGGACCCGAGCCCGUGUUCGACCCUCUGCCGCAGCCCCGAGGCGCGCUGCUCGGCGGGGCGCGCUAAAUAAUGAGCCAAAGGGACACGCUGGUUCAUUUGUUCGCUGGAGGAUGUGGGGGCACAGUGGGCGCAAUUUUGACAUGUCCUCUAGAGGUUGUGAAGACCAGACUCCAGUCCUCCUCCAUCACUCUCUACAUCUCUGAAGUCCAUCUCAGCACCGUUAAUGGCACCAGUGUGUCCCGCGUUGCUCCACCCGGGCCUCUGCACUGCCUCAAGUUAAUUCUAGAGAGAGAGGGUCCUCGUUCUCUCUUCAGGGGACUGGGACCCAAUCUUGUGGGUGUGGCACCUUCCAGGGCGAUCUACUUUGCGGCCUAUUCGUCGGCCAAGGAGAAGCUGAACGGGGUGCUGGAGCCGGACUCUACCCAGGUGCACAUGGUGUCGGCUGGGCUCGCAGGCUUCACCGCCAUCACGGCCACCAAUCCAAUCUGGCUGAUCAAGACCCGUCUGCAGCUGGAAACCAGAACGCGGGGUCAGCGGCGCAUGAACGCAUUUGAUUGCGUGCGGCGGGUGUACCAGAUGGACGGCCUGCGAGGUUUCUACCGGGGCAUGUCGGCCUCGUACGCCGGCAUCUCCGAGACCGUCAUCCACUUUGUCAUCUACGAGAGCAUCAAACGCAAGCUGGUGGAAUCGAAGGCCCACGCCAGCAUGGACGAAGAGGAGGAAUCCGUCAAAGAUGCGUCAGACUUUGUGGGCAUGAUGCUGGCGGCGGCCACCUCCAAGACGUGUGCAACCUCCAUCGCCUAUCCUCACGAGGUGAUCCGCACGCGGCUUCGAGAGGAAGGCAGCAAAUACCGCUCGUUCUUCCAAACGCUGCUGACGGUACCCAAGGAGGAGGGAUACCGGGCCCUGUACCGAGGCCUGACCACCCACCUCGUCAGACAGAUUCCCAACACUGCCAUCAUGAUGUGCACCUACGAAGUGGUGGUCUACAUGCUGGGCCGUUAGCCUGCCUGCUGCGUCUCCUCUCUCCGUUGAGCGAGGGAGACGCUCGGCAAACGGCCGAGGAGACAGCCCUCUGGCGAGGGGCCGCGUGGACUAAAUGUCAAAAUGAAGACCAAAGGAAAACCGAAAAUACUCGAGUAAUACUAGGAAAAAUUGACAAGAGGUGAGGAAAUGGGAGGCGUGAAAAGCCUUUUGUUACUAUAUCCAGCGUCAUCACUUUAAGUUCCCUUAAUCGGAUUGCUGGAACAGAUAGAGGUCACUGCAGUUCAGAGAAGAUGUAACGUGGGUAGGAUGAGAAAAGAGGCAGCGACAGGAAAGAGACGGGAACAUCUUGGCAUCUGUUAAACCAAGGGCAGCCUAAAGGAAUACAUUUGAAGCACAUUUCAGUGGCCUUAACAAGGUUAAUAGUUUGCGUCUUUCCUUUUCGAGUCGAGGGUGAGAAACUGAAUUUUUCCAUCUUGUAUAGAGAUAAUAUUUGGAAAGGGGAAUGCUUGGAGCCAACUCAAUUUGACGAUCUACUCGCCUGUAAGUCGGUGCCUGGACGGUGACACGGUUCGGGGGGAAGUUUGCCUUCUCUGUCGACAGUUUCUCUUUGUUAAAACUGAAAUACGGUCGGCACACAAGGCCUUCUUCUGCCCGCACCCAGUCACCGCUCAGGACUUUAAAACCUUGUGUUGUAAACACGAGGCCAGCGUGUCAUUUUUUGAGAUGUGUGAUUGUUCAAAAAAAAAAAAAGGUACCAACACCUAAUUCUCUACUAUUGGAGUGCCACUACUUGAAUAUAAUGUGACGGUGCGGUAAAAAGUUCUAGUAGGAAAUGUUGAUGGAUUUUCAUCAUCAAAUCGUGUGCGCGUGUGUGUGUGUGCGCGUGUGUGUGUGUGUGUGUGUGUGUGUGUGUGUGUGUCACAAACAUGUUUUAAGAAUGUGUCUGUUCAUCUGCGGUCAUGUGUGCCUGCAUGUAUAAUUAGCAUCGCCUCCAGACUUCCCUCCACUAACUAUUAAUCUUACAAGACACUGCGGUCGGGAGUGUAGAAAAGCUCCUGUACGUUACUGGCAGCUUUUUAUUCCCGAUCGCAUGCCGGCCCUUCCCUCCAGUGGCUCCCAACUGAUCUGAUAACAUGCACUUUUGUGGCCUUUUAGGGCUUGUGCUUUGCAUUUUCUUGUGUGUGGACAGUUUGAACUUGUACAUUGUAAAAGAAAAAAUGUAUUCCUGUAUAUCAAAAUGGUAUUUUGCGCAAUUGUUCUUAUAGCAGAUAUAUUGUACAGUUUAGAGUUCUCAUUAGUUGUGAAGGAUGUCCAAGUGUGUGUAUAUAAUAUAGAUACUGUAUAUGCAUAUCGUUUGUUUUUUUUUUCUUAGGCCCAUUCAUGAUCAUGCCGUUAUUUGUUUGUGCAAUUUAACAUUGUUUAACUGUUGACAUGUAUGUUGUUAUUGCUUGACUGGGUUUCUGACAGUAUAAACUGUGUAUAAACUUCAUAUUCGUAUGUCGCUGUCAAGCAAACAUUUGUGUUGAGACUAAAGUUAACAAAUGUUGCGAGAGAGAAAUCCUUCAAUGUAGGCAUUUGUGUGUUGGUUAGUCAUUUUAGUGGUCCAGUCUUGUUUUCUUUUUCAUUUUGCAAAGUUUGAACGUUUCUAUCAUUGGUAAUGUUUACAUUGUUCAUAACUCUCAUAGCAAAAUGUUUUGAAUAACACGAUGGAGGUAUUUUAAUGUGAAAGUGUAACAACUGGAAUCAUCUCUACUAUACCGUGCAGAGUUAGGACCGUUGAAAACAGAAAUGCCAAACUAAUUUGUUACUGUGAAUUGUCCCCCUUUUUUAACAAUAAAGUUCCUAUAGCUUUCAUAAAUAA